CUCCUAGUCCCCUCGGGCCCUUGGAAGAACCUCUUGCAGCCCCCGGCUUGCCCCCAGCUUGGCUAGCAUUGAACAGGAAGGCAGCGGGAGCCUGCCUGCCCCGCACCCGCAGCUGCCACCCACCCAGGCCGCAGCCAUGGAUAAAUUCCGCACGCUGUUCCAGCACUUCCAGUCCAGCUCCGAGUCGGUGAUGAACGGCAUCUGCCUGCUGCUGGCCAUGGUCACCGUCAAGCUGUACUCCUCGUUCGACUUCAACUGCCCCUGCCUGGCGCGCUACAAUGCCCUCUACGGACUGGGCCUGCUGUUCACGCCCCCGAUCGCCCUGUUCCUCUGUGGCCUCCUGGCCAACCGGCAGUCCGUGGUGAUGGUGGAAGAGUGGCGCCGGCCUGCCGGGCACCGGAGGAAGGACCCGGGCAUCAUCAGGUACAUGUGUUCCUCUGUACUGCAGAGAGCGCUGGCCGCCCCCCUCGUCUGGAUCCUGCUGGCCCUCCUCGACGGGAAGUGCUUCGUGUGCGCGUUCAGCAGCUCCGUGGACCCCGAGAAGUUUCUAGACUUUGCCAACAUGACCCCCAGUCAGGUGCAGCUCUUUCUGGCCAAGGUGCCCUGCAAGGAGGACGAGCUGGUCAGGAACAGCCCCGCUCGGAAGGCGGUGUCUCGCUACCUGCGGUGCCUGUCACAGGCCAUUGGCUGGAGUCUCACCCUGCUGCUGAUCUAG